AUGCCUUUGAUCCACGACCUCACACCCAUUUCUCAUCUCGUCAACACGUUCGACACGUUCUCCAUCAAAUCAGAUCGGUUCGAGGGGAUCAUGAGCGUCCACAUAAAGGGUUUCGUGGACGAGAAUGGACAGGCGCGGGAGAGCGCCUAUUUUAAAGGAACGAAUGGGAAUGGGAGUCCAAAGGGCACAUAUGCGCAUACGAAUGUGUCGAGUGGGACCGGCUAUCCUGCUGCCAGUGGCAACGUGACUCCGACGAACGGGAACGGGGGUUGUGAUACGAGUCGGAAGGGUGUUACCUGGAGUAUACAGGUGAAAGGGUGGUUCCUCCAAGAGAUUAGUAGUGAUGAUGUUCUUUUUGGCAACACGUUUGAUCGGCCGCUCAAGUUGCCUUGGGGAAGCGGAGCAGCUCUAAAGUUCAUGAA